AUGGAGGCCAACGGCGAUGCUCAGGGCGUGGCUAUUGCGGGCGCAGCUGUUGUGCUGGUGCUCGUCUUGUACUUUGCCAGGGGGGACAACAAGGAAAAGCGUUCCCAGAAGCAUUGGGACGCGGUGUGCCGAGGCGUACUCCAAGAGCGAGACAACGUCAUGCACCGUGUGCUUCAAGAUGGAUCAGAUACCCCGCAGGAGGAGCGCCACUCCGAAGACACGCGCAUCGCCAGGCUAAGAGGCACCGAGCUCAUGGCAGCCAUGCGGAACGGCACCCUGUCUUGCGAACGAGCCGUGGCCGCCUUUUGCCGUAGAGCCCGCGCGGUCGGCAAGGUCAAGACGAACGGCGUUACGGAAGAGUUCUACGACGAGGCCGUCCAAGCCGCCAGGAAGGUGGAUGCGAGUGGCGGCGGCGGCGGAGGGGGCGGCCCUACGGCUACCGCCGGGCUGCUCCAGGGGAUGCCGAUGAGCAUCAAGGACGCCAUGCACAUGAAGGGCGCGCUGACGACCUGCGGCAUGGCGUGCAAGGCCGCCAAGGGGCCGAGCAAGGAGGACGGCCUGCUGGUCAAGGUUCUCCGCGCGCACGGAGCCAUUCCUUUCGUCCGCGGCAACGUCCCGCAGUGCAUGAUGCUACCGGAGAGCGACAACGCCAUCUUCGGCCGAUCUGACAACCCUUGGAACUUGGGGCGCACGCCCGGGGGAAGCAGCGGCGGGGAGGGAAGCCUCGUGGCGUCUCGAAGCACACCUUUGGCCCUAGGGAGCGAUGUCGGCGGGUCGAUCCGCAUCCCGUGUCACUUCACGGGGACCUGCGGCCUCAAGCCGACGCCGGACAGGAUGAGCAAGAAAGGGAUGGAGAGCUUGAGCGAGGACAACAAGGGUGGCCAACGAAUCAUCCACCCGACACCGGGACCCAUAGCCAACUGCGUCGACGAUCUGGAGCUGGCCAUGACGGCGCUCUGCUCCGUGGAGAUGUGGGACGCUGAUAAGCGUAUCCCCCGACUGCCGUGGGAUAGGACCGUAGCGAUAGACGGCCCGGGUCGCCCGUUGAAGGUCGGCUUCUUUACGACGGACCACUGGUUCGAGCCUUGCGCGGCGAUUUCGCGGGCCGUUCACGAAGCGGCGGAGGGGCUUCGCGCCGCCGGGCACGAGGUGGUGCCCUUUGAGCCCCCCGUUUCGGGAUGGCAGAUUGCCAAGCUGUACUACGGUCAGAUGGGCGCCGAGGGAAACAUGAAGCGCUUCGUCGACUCGAUACAGGGGGAGAGGAUGCUGCCGAGCUACGCGGCCCUGCGCCAGCUGGCGGGCUUCCCUAACUGCUUGCGGCCCGCCCUAUCGUGGGUGCUGCGGAACGUGCUGGGGGACGAGAGGAGGGCCUCCAUUGUAGGGAUCACGAGAAACAAGGGGCUGAGCGUCCGGCAGUACUACGAGCUCGUGGCGGACACCUACGACCUUCGCUCCAAGUGGGAAGAUGCGGUAACCGACGCGGGGCUUGAUGCGGUCAUCUUCCCGCCGGUCGCCCUGCCGGCGCUGCCCCACGGAGCGGCGAAGGACCUUACCCUCGCGUUCACCUAUAUGUUUGUCGCCAACCUUCUCCACUGGCCCGCCGGGGUGGUACCGGUGACCCUAGUGAGGCCAGACGAACAGGACUAUGACGUGAAACGUUUGCCCGUGAACCAGCGCGAUGGAACCGCCCGGCUCGCGAGAGAGACGAUGCGUGGCUCGGCAGGGCUGCCUGUUGGGGUGCAGGUAAUGACGAUGCCCUUCCAGGAGGAGCUCGCGCUGCACGCCAUGCGAGAGGUAGAGAAGGCCGUGAAUUUUGUCGCCGUACCGGCUGUGUCGGGACUGUGA